GUUCUCGCAUAUAGGCAUAUCUUCACCCAUUGGGAUAAUUCCAUGAUGUUCAGAUUCAUUCUUUUUGCAUCUUGCGUUGUUGCUUUGGCCUCCACAAAGGUGGUAAAGCAAAAACUGAAGAUUGUAGUUGGUGAACCUGAAGCUCAAGGCACCCAUGUGGGUGAGGUCAGUGUAGGUCUCAGUGGCGGUCAUUCGAAAUCCUACUCCUCUGGCGCCGAACUUACCAGCUUGGCCCACACCUCAGCCCUCCAAGCCAAGUCUGCCGUCCAAAACCAAAACACUGCCGGCAGUCAAGCAGCCUUCGGAGCCAAAAGCAGCCUAGCGCAAGCCGCCCUUGGGGCCGCCGCUACCGCCCAAGCCGCCCUCGUCGGUAAACAAGUCAUCGUUCAAGGCCUCGAACAUCAACUCCACGAUGCCGAACACCAACUUCAGGCCGAAAUCCAGCAAUACCAACAGACGGAACACGCAGCCCAAGCAGCGCAAGAAGCCGCUCAGCAAGCCCAACAGCAAGUCGCCGCCUUGACCGCCGCCCUCGCCGCCACUCAGGGAGGCGCUCAGCACGCCGCCAAAGCCGCCGCCGAAGCUGCCGGGGCUGCCGCCGCCCAGCAUGCCAUGAUCCAUGAGGCUAAACAGAGGGUGGCCCAUUUGAGGGAGGAAUUGCACAAUGCUCUUGCUGGGUUACAGGAAACUGAAAUUUCGGCGCAAAAAGCAGCCGCUGCUGCUCAUAUUGCGCAAAGUAACGCGGCCGCCGCUGCCAAUGACGUGGCUGCAAAUGCCGCCCAGACUGAACUCGAGGGACAUGGGUAUGAACAAGGGGCUGCGGGGCUCGAAGGACAUGGAUACGAACAAGGUCAUAAGUGAGAAGGACUGAUUGUCACUCAUCUGUAAAUAACCAUCGUCGUUUUCAUGUAAUUCUAUGUACUAUGUGAUUAAUAAAGAAAUUUAA